AUGACCGACGUGGCCGACAUCCCCGUCGACUCGGCCUCGACUGAAGUGGCUGCGGCCAUCGACUCUUCAGCCGUUGCCGUGGCCGAUCCUCUUCCCUCGAUUCCCACGCCGGCCAAGGCCCCCAUUGGCGCUGUUCUAGCCGCCGUGCCGUCCAACGCGGAUGCCUUUGCUGGCCAUCUGCUGCGAUGCAUCCAGACCCGCGCCGGCGCCGAUGCCGUCCUGCAGUUCCUCUGCUACUCCUCCAAGCUGUCGGGCGCCGUGCUCGAGACGCUGAGCCGCAAUGCGCUGCGGCAGUCGGCACAGAAGCUCAUUGCCAUGGCCUUCCAACUACCGCCCGCCACGACCGUCGUCCUCUCAUCAGCCCCAGCGCCUCCCGGUGCGGCGUUUGCGCUUAACCUGGCGACCAAGCUCAAGGCAUUUGCAGGCGUGCUAAGCGAGGCACGGACGAUUAACAGGCUCUGGGGUCUGCUCGGCCUGUACUUUGCGCUCAAGCGAGUCCUCUCCCGACCGCGCCCCAAGAAGGAAGACGGUGAGAAAGAGGGAUCAGAGUCGGUUGCUCUGGCGCGGUUCGACACCGUCUUCGGUCUCAGCCAGAUCUUCGCCCUCAUCCUAUACCAAGUGUUUGAGAACCUCGCGUUCCUGGGCAGCAAAAAGGCCAUUGAUCUGAAGCCCACGACGAUGGGCAAGUUUGGCCUCCUCAGCGUGCGAUGCUGGGGUGCGUAUACCUUCAUGGAGCUCGCCAGGUUGCUGCUGGAGCGUACGCGCAAGAGCGCCCAGGCCAAGGACGCCGCUUGGGCAAAGACUUGGAACAAGAGCUUCUUCCGCAACUUGGCGUGGGCCCCAUUGACUGUUCAAUGGGGCAUGGUUGGCGGAGGACCUCUCCCUGAGACGGCGAUUGCCUUGCUGGCGAUGUACCCCUCAACGGGACAGAUGAUUGAUCUCUGGCGUGAGACGGCUUAA